AUGGCUUUUAGAGGUGGUGACAAAUCUUAUGACUUGUCAAAUUGUGGUAAUUUCAUUGAGUUGAUAAAAGCUUUUUCAAGAAUGAAUGUAGAUGUUGAAAAAGUCGUCUUAGAGAAUGCUCCUGGAAAUGCUAAGUAUAUUGCACCAAUGAUACAAAAGGAGAUCCUACAUAUUUUUGCCAACAAAGUGAGGAAGAAGAUUCGUGAAGAUGUUGGGGAGGAUGGAAAAUUUUGUAUUCUUGUUGAUGAAGCUCUUGAUGAAUCUCAAAGGGAACAAAUGGCUAUUAUUCUAAGAUUUGUUGGUCAUGAUGGAUUUAUUCAAGAACAGUUUUUUGAUAUUGUAAGUGUUCAUGACACUAAUUCAUCCACUCUUAAAACUAAGAUUUGUAAAGUGUUUGGUAGACAUAAUCUUCUAGUUAAAAAUAUGUGUGGGCAAGGAUAUGAUGGGGUUAGCAAUAUGCAUGGUCAAUUGAGUGGCUUACAAGCAUUUUCUUCCGCCAAGCGUCAUUCUAAGUUGAAAUUGACUAGAAAAGCUGAAAUUCAAGAGUUGUUAGAUGCUGGAAAACUUGGAACAGGUAGAGGGGUUAAGCAAAUUCGUUGUUUGCAACGACCUGGAACUACUCGUUGGGGCUCUCAUAUUAGUUCUAUUAGGAGUUUGAUUGAUUUAUUUGGUGCAACCAAGAUACUUCUUGACGAAAUAGGUCAUAAUGAACCUAGCUCACAAUUUCGUGGGGAAGCUGAGAGUAUUUAUAUUUCGAUGAUGUCAUUUGAUUUUGCCUUUGCCUUACUUUUGUUGGACAAAACUAUGGGAUUUACAGAUUUUCUUUGUCAAGCACUUCAAAGCAAAUCUCAAGACAUUGUAAGUGCUUUAAAUCUUGUUUCAAGUACAAAAAUGAAGCUAGAUGAGUUGAGAAAUAAUGGUUGGGAUGAUUUUAUCAAGAGUGUGCUAUCAUUUUGUGAACAACAUGACAUUUGUGUACCUGAUAUGAGUGCCCGUCAUAAAAUGGGUAGAGGUCGUUCUUGUCAACAAAAGGAUUCUAUUACAUUUGAGCAUUAUUAUCGCAUUGAUGUAUUUAAUGAUGUAAUAGAUUUUCAGUUGGUGGAGUUAAAUACUAGAUUUCCGGAGCAAACGAUGGAACUUCUUUAUCUGACCUCAGCAUUGGAUCCUCGUAAUUCUUUCAAGCGAUUUAGCAUUGAUGAUAUAUGUAAUCUUGCUGAGAAGUUUUAUCCUGGAGAUUUUACUACAACUGAGUUGCAGGCUUUAAAUCAACAAUUGGGAUUUUAUAAGAUUGAUAUGGACCGUCUUCCAGCCUUCAAGAAUCUCGAUUCCAUUCAUGAAUUGCUGAAGUGUUUACUUGACACAGGGUUAGCACACACCUACCAUUUGGUUGAUAGAUUGAUUCGUUUGGUGUUAACUCUUCCUGUUUCUACAGCAAAAACAUAA